GUGAAACCACCCGACUCUGGACUAGGAUCUGUGAGGACUCUUGGGGAUCCCAGAUGAUCAUCCAAAAUGAGAGGAGAUCGACUAGGCUUGGGGCCACACACUGGACUUCAAGGUUAAGACACUGACUAUUUAGAACAAAAUAGAAAGUACAGAUGAGUCCUCAUGUUUUCUGCUGUGGAAUUUCAUGAAAUAAUACACCCACUGUAGUCUUCAGUCUUCAGUAUAUACUGUUUUAUCGGAAGAUUGCUCACCUCUGGAUCGUGGCUCUGAUCACAGCGACUGCGCUCACCACAGCUGAUAAGCUAAGGGACAAAUCAAUACCUGGAAAAUCUGAGCUUACCACUCUAACCAUGAGUGAGGAAAUGGAGAACCCAGAUGAGAAAGACUGGAGUGAACUUGAACCCAACUAUCCUGUCAAAAUCGUACUCACGGUCUUUUAUAGCCUCAUCCUGGUGACAGGUAUUGUGGGUAAUUCCAUCACUAUCAGAGUGACACAAGUGCUGAAGCAAAAUGGCUACCUGCAGAAGAAUGUGACAGGCCACAUGGUUAGCCUGGCGUGCUCUGACUUGUUGGUUCUCUUCAUCGGCAUGCCAGUUGAGCUCUACAGUGCCAUCUGGUUCCCAUUCACAUCCGCAUCAGGCAACGCUUACUGUAAGAUCUACAACUUCUUGUUUGAGGCUUGCAGCUAUGCUACCAUCCUCAAUGUAGCCACGCUUAGCUUUGAGCGCUAUGUGGCUAUCUGCCACCCAUUUCGCUUCAAAGCCUUGGGUGGGAAACGUACCUCUGCCCUCAUUGCCUUUGCCUGGCUAGUGUCUGUGCUUGUGGCCCUGCCAUUGCUGGUUGCCACAGGAACGCAGGGCCACAUUCCGUUCCUAGCAGAUACACCUGUCCAAAAUUUGACUUUCUGCACCAAUCUGAGGGAGCGCUGGGUGAUGUACAGGGUCAGCAUCUUUGUGGCUUUCAUCGUGUACAUGAUCGUGUUGAUCUGCGUGGCCUUCAUGUGUCAUGCUAUGAUCCUGGUCCUGCAGAAACCUUUGGGUUCCUUGGAUGGAGGCAUAAAUGUAACCCAAAGACCACCUAAACAUGGAAGUUCCAAGGUCAAGAUGGCCAGGAAGCAGACCAUCAUUUUUCUUGGUCUCAUCGUGGGAUCCUUGAUGGUGUGUUGGCUUCCCAACCAGAUUCGUCGUCUAAUGAUGGCUGUCAUGCCGAAGGCCCGCUGGUCUACUUCCUACUUCCGGAUCUAUGUCACACUUCAUCCUGUGGCUGACACCUUCUUCUACCUCAGCUCCGUCCUCAACCCUUUCCUUUAUAACCUGUCCUCCAGGCAGUUCAGGGAGGUCUUUGUCCAGGUACUGCGGUGCCACCUAACUAUUGAACAUGUGAACAAGCGCACCUUGCAGAACUCCCACACUGCUUCUGCGCGCUCCUUCCGGCCCCUGUUGAAAAAGCAAUUACGUCGAAGCAGCACAAACCGCACCACCCUUGCACAAGAGAAAACUCCUCCCACCUUUACGACCUUUCAGAAGCAAAGUGACUCAGGAGUGAUUUCAAAAACUCAGACGUCCCUCACCCUGACUGAGUCAAAUUCAGUUCUCAAAACAAAUACAGAUGAACCAUCAGAGACUGAAAUAUAAUGUGCUGUACAAUUUAAUGCAACACAGUAGACAGUAAAAACAGACAUGUCAGAAACUGCUUGAUCCAAGGACGCUUGGGCUGUGCCGUUAGAAACAAUAAGAAAGAUAUUCAUUUUACACAAUAAAGACAGUACAAACUGUUAAGUCAGGAAUUUCAUUGAGAGAUCAUGCUCAGCUGACAAUUUGGCACAAUAGAAAGCUUAAUGGGCUCACAUUUAACUUAGGGAAUUUGAAAUAGUUAUCAAAUCAGAAAAUGAUUAUACAAAAGCUCAAAUAUGCAUAUAAGCAUGAAGACCCCAUAGUUAAAGAUAACCAGUAGAGUUUUUGACUAGUAGUGGUGCUGUGGAGCUCUUUUUUGAUGUGCAGGUCCUUGUGAUCUUUGAAUAUAUUUAUUCAAAUUGCAAACUGAAUUUGAAUUUAAAUUGGAUUGAUUUUGCAUGUCAUUUUCAAGGGGGCUCCAAAAUAAACACUCAUUUGAACAGUGAGUUCUUGAGAGUGUAUUGUUGAACAUCUCCUAUUCUACAGUAAUGCACAUGAGGACACAUAUACUAUACACACUCAUAAACUUUCUGGUGACACAUUUUACUUUCCUGUUGACUGCAGAGGGUGGAAUCGCAAAUGCGUGGUGCAGCCAAGACCCCAGGAACAGCUGGUGCCGAAAAGACUUUUUCCCUUACACAUUCAUCAUGAAAGGAAUAGCUCAAAAAUGAUUAUUCAAAAUUUUCUGAGCCCCAUAAAUGUCCCAAAAUCACUCUUUGUAUUAUAAGAAUUUGACCCCUUAAGUCCAAUCAAAUUUGAAACCUCGGGAAGAACAGUAAAUAAGAAAACAGUUUCAGCAAAAGAGGAGGAAUCCAAAAAUUCUUGAGCCUGAGUAAGCCUGAAGUAUUCAUAUGCACCCAGUGAACAACUUUCAUUGGAAAUGAACUGCAGUAUUCUGUGCCUUGAGUGUAUAACAAAUGAGAUGUCCUGAUGACGGAGAAUUCCCCACAUACAUGAGGUUCAUAUGUUGUCUGACACAGCAAAUAAAAUAGUAGUAGUAUGCUGCAUAUUGUGGUUGGAGAGUUUAUGUAUUUGACAAAGAUUGUCAAUGCCACAGCAAGUCCUCCAAACUAAACGACAAAAUAUGUUGUUUGUCCAUGCCACUGGAGGGCUAAAUUGCUUUAAGGUAAACAUAUAUGGAUUUAGGGUACUGGCUGAAACAACCGAUGUUGCCGUUCUUCAUGGUAGGACAGUCUCCAAUACAAUAAGCGUAAAAUGAACUUGGGACCAUCUGCGAACCAUCGUGGAACAUAGUAUUCAGUUCUCUUAAUACAUCUGGGGCAUGCAAGCUACAGUAUAUGACGUCCCUCAGUUUCAGGCUAUUUCAGUCCCUGAAAGCUGACGGCACUAAAAGUCCAAGAAACACCAAUGGAUCGGAAAAUAUGCGGUAGAAGAGGACGUGAAGACAUUCAACUUGUUUGCUAGACCUCAAGGAUACACCCAAUGCCUUUCGUAUGACAAACACUGAAUGUAAACAUAAUUGUGUUUAUUUACAAGAAAACUCCACAGGGUACCUUUAAGGUUCACAUCCAUCCAAAGAAAGGAAAACCGUGAUAUAAAAUCUUUUAAAACUUAUAUUUUAACUUAACCAAUGCAAAGCGACUAAAUAUUACAAUUUGAUGAACUAUAUCAUAUUUUUUCAAGUUUAGCACAUCACAUUACCUACUGUCAUAAAGG